GGGUCAUGGCCUUGCUCCCGCCUUGCAAGGCAAGGGUCCGGGCGCUUCCGCGCGCGUGUGUGCGCGUGGGGCCUGAAGUGCUCGUGCGUCCGGGCUAGGUCUCUGCGGGGGCAGAAGCAGGAGCCAUGGGUGGGACCUUCAGCACCCGCCGGGUCACCUUCGAGGCGGACGAGAAUGAGAACAUCACCGUGGUGAAGGGCAUCCGGCUUUCGGAAAAUGUGAUUGAUCGUAUGAAGGAAACCUCCCCAUCUGGUUCGAAGUCUCAGCGGCAUUCUGUUUCUGAUGAAGAAUUGAAGAGAAGAGUGGCUGAGGAGCUGGCAUUGGAGCAAGCCAGGAAAGAGUCUGAAAAUCAGAAACGACUAAAGCAAGGCAAAGAACUGGACCGAGAGAGGGCUUUUGCUAAUGAGCAGUUAACCAGAGCUAUUCUUCGAGAGAGGAUAUCAAGUGAAGAAGAACGAGCCAAGGCAAAGCACCUGGCUAAGCAGCUGGAAGAGAAAGAUCGAGUGAUAAAGAAGCAGGAUGCAUUCUACAAAGAGCAGCUGGCUAGACUGGAGGAGAGGAGCUCAGAAUUCUACAAAGUCACCACUGAACAAUAUCAGAAAGCUGCUGAAGAGGUGGAAGCAAAGUUCAAGCGGUAUGAGUUUCGUCCUGUCUGUGCUGAUCUGCAGGCCAGAAUUCUCCAGUGUUACCGCCAGAAUUCCCAGCAGACCCUCGGCUGCUCCGCUCUGGCCAGCCAGUACAUGCUCUGUGUCCGUCAGGCCAAGCAGAUCAAGCCACAAGAGGAUAAAUGAGACACUAUGAUACUGGGACAUUGUCUGGUCUGACUCUUACAUCAGCAUGCUUGAGAAGGGAGGAUAAAGUCAACUUUUAGAACAAGCAGAACUCCUCAACGUUAAUUCCAGAGGCGGAACAUUUUUUUUUUUUUCCUAGUAAGAAAGUAACCCAUUUAAGGAGAAGACGAUUAAAGAGAAGCACCAAAGAGCAGAUUCAGCUGAAGCAUAUCCCAGUUGAUCAACUGCAGUUUGAAAAGCCAAGGCCUAGAUCAGGUAUCAGCCAGCAAGGACACACUGCAGUGUUAGUCAACUCUGUUCAUGAUGAUUAAAAGAGAAAGGCAGACCUUUCUACCUUUAAAUUUUAACUU